UCCACCAAAAAUAAAUAAAAAAUCAGCAUCCUCUCUAUCUCUAGCUAGCUGAACAUGGUUCUUCUGCUUCACCUUUCCUUCAACUUCUAACUUGAAACCUCCACAAACCCAACACAACUCACAAUGAAACUCUCCCUCAAAUUCCAAAACAACAAUGAAAACCAACAAACCCCUCAAACCCAAAUAAUGACAGCAAAAGUACCAAUAACAAUAUUCAACAACCCUUUACUUUCAACAAUCACAGCCACAAAUAACUACUCAACUUCUGAUUUUUCAUUCUCACUCUCAACAAAUUUCCCAACUGGUCCAACCUUCAAACUCUCUUACACUCCAACCACAACAUCUUCUUCUCUUCCUUUCUCUCUCUCCCUCAAAUCCGGUUUAGGCCUUUUUGGUUCACCUAAUCAUUCUCCUCUUGUCUUCUCCGCUAAUUUCUCUCUUUCUUCUCUUUCCUCUUCUACCCCUCUUCUUCCUUCUUUCUCUUUACACUUUAAACCCCAAUUUGGUCAUUUCUCUCUUCACAAAACCGUUCUCUCAGAUUCUUCUAACACCAACCCUCUUUCUGUUUCACCUCAAAUUGAAAAGGGUUUUGUUCCUGAAACAAAUGGGUCUUGUUCCGGUUGGCAAAAUUUAAACUUGGAACCAUUUGGUCACAAUAACAACAAUAACGUUGGUGUUGGUGUUGGUGUUGGGGUUGGCCCAGAUGGUAAAAACAAUGAAAAAUGUGGUCUUUCACCUUGUGUUGGUGUUAUGGCUAGGACGGUGAUGCCGGUGACACAAGGGUUGUUGUUGAAUUUUCGUUGGGGUGUGAGUUUUCCGGGGAAAUCUGUGUUGAAAAUGCCGUAUUUGGCAGUGAAUAAAAUUGGGCUGGAGAGGGUUGAAGAAAUGAAGAAAGAUGAGUGGAACAAUGAUGAUAAUUGUGAAGGUAAUUUGCAGGUGCUGAAGGAGAUGAAAAUAGAUUUGGAAAAUGUUGAAAAGGAGAAUAAGGAGAUGAAGAGAGUGUUGGAUGAAAUGAAAAUGGGAGUUUCUAAAGGGAAGGUUUCAAAGCAGAAGCAUGCAGGUGAGAGCGUUCAAAGUUGGGGAAGCAAUAAAAAUGGAAGAAAAGAGAAUGAAAAAAAACAAGAAAUCAAGCCUCAGAAUAUUGUAGUAAGUGAUUUCGAAUCUGAAUUGGAAAAAGCUAUAAAAGCUGCUGCUGCUUCUUCUUAGCAACGAUUUAAAGGUCAUUACUGUUAUACCAAUUAUCGUCGUUUUUCAAUAUACUUUCUAUGUUUGGCUGCAUUGCAUUGUAUAAUUUGUAUUGCAGUGCAUGACAGUGUCAUGUAUAUGUAUAAAAUCCCAUUACUCGACUUCUUUAUCCGGUGUACUGUUGAAUAAUUAUAGAGAAUUGAUUAAUGAUACUUCUAUAUGGUAGUUGAAGGAUAUAAUCAUUCAUUAGUUAAGUGUAAAUGUCUAAUAAUCAGAUUAUUUGUAUGCAGCUCUUAAUAGUGCUUAUAGCAAGGAAGUUUAGUCCAACAUAUAUUGAUUCAUGUUUUGAGUGAUCUAUCUAAUACAACUUCACAAACAUAGUUGCUAAGGUGGUAGUGAGAGUUACUGUUGAGCUGACAGUUAGUAGUUAGUUUCUGUUAUCAAUCUGUUGUAACUUCAUUUCCCAUUUUCAGCUUUCUACUUGUUCAUAUAGAAUAGUAGAAACCGAUUCUUUGUUGAAUAAGACUAAGAGAAUUCAUUUGGUAAUAUUGGUUCAUUGGUUCUCUUCUUCUUCCUUGAUUUCUCUCUGAUUUCGAUCUGGUUAUACUAUCUAAGAUUAACGAUUCACUCUAAAGCAUAAAAUAAGUAAUUUUAACUCUUGAAAAUCAGUGGUUGAUGUUACAUGUCCCCACACCACAACCUCUCUAGAACUUUGCAAACAUGUUUCUAAUAUCUUUUUUGUUAGUAUUUUUAUGGACUCAAUUGAGCAACAAAAAAACACAUUCGAAAACUAAAUUGAAUAUGUAAAAGCAGAUUUGAGGAUCCAAAUGACUAUUAAAAGAAACACUCAUGGAUGUAUUUGUAUUUGGGAUGCAUUCAAAAACUAAAGUGACAACACCUCAUACAUUCCUUGAUGAAUAUAGUUGUUUAACCAUUUUUUUAUCCAUCCCUCUGUUCCACAAAUUACUGGAUCAGUCCCUAUAUACAUCAAUGUCUAAAAGAUCAGGAUUUUCUGAUGGGGUUUACAUUGGUAGUUUGUCGAAUUUGAAUACUAUUGUUGCUAAUAUGUCUCCGCUAUCAUGAGGCAUAUGUUUUCAAAAACAAAAACAGGGUAUCUCCAAAUAUAUGAACCAACCAAACUAUGACAUAGGUUACAUGCUAACCCUCUAGGGUAUAUAGUCUAACAGUAGUAUUUUUUAUUUUUUUGGCAAGAAGUCUAACAGUAGUGUUAUUAUUAAUAAAGGUAGAAGUGUUUCAGUACAUGAAGAGGUGGUUUGAAAAAUUAGUCCCACAUCGGGUAAUAACACAAACGUUAGAGUCUUUAUAAACUAAAUUCUUUAGCAAAUAGAUGCGUUCGUGAAAAGGAGAGAUGGUUGGCAUCUCCCCUGACAGGGAUGGGAACAGCCUUCGGGCUUUCCUGUUACACAUCUCGGUUAAGGCUAUCCACCACUUUGAGGUUGGAUCUAACCCAAUUUUUUUUUCCUUAUGCUUCUGUGUGUUUGUUUUCUAUAUAUCAUAAAGUACAUUAUCAAUUAUAUUAACUCAGAGUUAAAUUUUUGUUCUAGAAACAUUUUACAAGAUAUGUCUUUUCUUAUUUGAAUUUUUAAAAAAUAAAAUAAAGCCAGUACCAAAUGAAAGAAAUUAUCUCCAAAAUGGUAUUAAAAAAAAAAUAGGUCAAGCUGGUUGUUACAAGAAAUGUCUUUGAGGUUGGAUCUAACCCAAUUUUUUUUUCCUUAUGCUUCUGAAUUUUUUUUCUUCCCUUUUUAUUCUGUAUAUAUCAUAAAGUACAGGAUCAAUUAUAUUAAUUCAGAGUUCAAUUUUUGUGCUAGAAAUAUUUUACAAGAAAUGUCUAUUCUUAUUUGAAUGUUAAAAAUAAUGUUCAUAAGAAGAUAAAAAGAGUGUUGGAUGAAAUGAAAAUGGGAGUUUCUAAAGGGGAGGUUUCAAAGCAGAAGCAUUCAGGUGAGAGCUUUCAAUGUUUGGGAAGCAAUAGAAAUGGAAGAAAAGAGAAUGAGAAAAAACUAGAAACCAAGUCAUCUCUCAAAACAAAAAAAAAGUCUCAGAAUAUUGUAGUGAGUGAUUUUGAAUCUGAAUUGAAAAAAGCUAUAAAAGCUGCUACUUCUUCUUAGCAACGAUUUAAAGGUCAUUACUAUUAUACUAUUAUACCACUUUUCAUUGUUUUUCAGUAUACUUUCUAUGUUGGGCUGCAUAAACAUUGCAUUGUAUUACAGUGCAUAACAGAGUCAUGUAUAUGUAUAAAAUCCCAUCACUCGACUUCUGUAUCCGGUGUACUGUUAAAUAAUUAUAGAAAAUUGAUCAA